AAACUGGUUGUCUCACGGGCUUUAAUCUUCAAUCUUUAUAUAGGGUAUGUGAGCAUUGGUUGAUAAAAUAUGUUUGUGCCGUUGGGACAGUUCUCCGCACGGGAGCUAACCUCGGUCCAAACACAGAGAGAAUGUGUGAGAGAGACAGAGAUAGGAAUAGUAUAAGAAGUCAUAAAUCUUUGCCCAAUUCUGGUGCAAUAUUGCUAUUUAACAUUGACUGGAUAACGCAGUUAAUGCUCGCUCCACCGCUCAUAUUUGCCCAACAGCUUGGUAGGCUCAUCCCACUGCUCCGCUCUUCCAUUUCAACAUCGUAGAUACAACAAUACACGAGAAAUGAUUAAAAAA